GUAUUAUGUGCCAAGAAUCUGGCAAAGAAAGACUUCUUUCGGUUGCCUGAUCCUUUCGCCAAAGUGGUGGUGGAUGGCUCGGGUCAAUGCCACUCUACAGACACGGUCAAAAGCACAUUGGACCCCAAGUGGAAUCAGCAUUACGACCUUUAUAUUGGGAAGACCGAUUCCAUCACCAUCAGCGUAUGGAACCACAAGAAGAUCCAUAAGAAGCAGGGUGCGGGUUUCUUAGGCUGUGUGCGGCUCCUGUCCAACGCCAUCAGCAGACUAAAAGACACAGGCUACCAGCGUUUAGACUUGUGCAAGCUGAACCCAUCUGACAGUGAUGCUGUUCGUGGACAAAUCGUUGUGAGUCUGCAGACCAGAGACAGAAUUGGCAGUGGAGGGCCUGUGGUCGACUGUAGAGGACUGGUAGAGAAUGAAGGGCCUGUCUUUGAAGACUCGGGGCCCGGGCGGCCUCUCAGCUGCUUCAUGGAGGAGCCCAUGCCAUACACCGAUCCUACAGGAGCCGCUGGCGGGGGCAACUGCCGUGCACUUGAGUCGCCCAAUCAGGAGCAACGGCUCCAAGCACAACGCAUCAGAAACCAAGAUUCUAGAGGGCAUGCACACACCCCCCAAAACAGACCACAUGGACACCAAUCCCCUGACCUCCCUGAGGGCUAUGAGCAAAGGACCACCGUGCAGGGCCAAGUCUAUUUUCUGCACACACAGACUGGCGUGAGCACCUGGCAUGAUCCCAGAAUACCCCGGGAUUUGAACAGCCGUGAGUUUCGAGUCAGGCUCUGCCUGUUUCAGAUGGAAGUUGGCAUGGAGGAAGGUGAUGGCGAGUUACCAGUGCGCUAUGAGAGAGAUCUGGUCCAGAAACUCAAAGUUCUCCGCAUGAGCGUCUCCCAUGCAGCAGGCCUCAAGCCGGCCACUGAGUCUUAUAGACAGAUCAUGAAGAUGAGACCCAAAGACCUGAAGAAGCGGCUGAUGGUGAAGUUCAGAGGAGAGGAGGGGCUGGAUUACGGUGGAGUUGCUAGGGAAUGGUUGUAUCUCCUCUGCCAUGAGAUGCUGAAUCCAUACUACGGCCUGUUUCAGUACUCGACUGAUAACAUCUACACACUACAGAUCAACCCGGACUCAUCCAUCAACCCUGACCACUUGUCUUACUUCCACUUUGUUGGGCGGAUUAUGGGUCUGGCUGUUUUCCACGGGCACUACAUCAAUGGAGGCUUCACCUUACCCUUCUACAAGCAGCUCCUGGCGAAGCCCAUCCAGCUUUGUGACCUUGAGACGGUGGACCCAGAACUGCACAAGAGCCUCGUCUGGAUACUGUGAGUGAAUUUAAUGAGAAAU